AUGAUGGAGCGUCUUCUUCGCCCGGUGAUCGCCUGGAUUCACAUCGCCGCUCUCGUCCAAGGCUUACGCGAGAACUCCAUGAUGGCGUGGUUCGCUGUCUUCUGGUACCUCUGGGGUAUGAUCAGCACCUACAACCGCUUCCUCUGCCGCUUCCCCUACGCGGCCGGCAACAUCUGGGCUGCUGUCCUGCUCGACAACUGCUACCCCAUCGUCGAUCUCUGGGCUUGCCUCACUCUCGGCACCGAGGCCUACGGCACGCGCAACCCGGACAACGAGGGUUGA